CAGGAUCUCCAUCUCUUGGCUGCUUCAUCUUUGACUUGGCAUUCCUAAAAAGUUUGAAUUUCUAUAGCCAAGAGAUCUCGCCAAGAAGUCAGACUUGGCGGAAUGUUUUCUGAAACGGAGAGGUCUGAGGUUGCUCGAAGCAAUGAGUCGUCAGAUCAACCGAUAAUCGUCCAAUGGAACGGUCCAAAUGAUCCGGAAAACCCAUACAACUGGUCCCGCAAGAAGAAAUGGUUUGCCGUCGGUCUUGGUCUCUUCGCGACGUUCAUCUCAAUGAUGAACGGGACAAUCAUCACUACAGCGCACGAAGCGAUUGGCCAAGACUUUAAUGUCAGCGACGAGAACUUUCCGCACUCAUAUUGGCCAGUUGCAUCGUGGGGACUGGGCGGUGCGUUGUUCUCACUGGUGUUACUUCCGAUUAUGGAAGACUUCGGGAUGAGGAUUGUGUUUCUUCUGGUCUAUACUGUCUUCCUCUGCUUUUUGAUUCCAGUUGGAGUGGCGCCUAACUACGCAACUCUGAUCAUCACCCGCUUCUUCAGCGGUGGAUGCUGCACUAUUCUCGCGAAUGCAGUAGCCGGCAUCAUCGGAAACGUCUUCGCCACCGAUCGAGCUCGUACGAUUCCAACAGGACUGUACAUCAUGAUCUACUUGAACGCCAGCAGUCUUGGACCAGUCAUUGGGGCCGCCAUAUUUCAGUUCUUGCCGUGGCGAUGGAUCGGAUACAUCGAACUUAUCUGGACCGGUGUCUUCUUCCCGAUUUUCAUCCUAGCAAUGCCUGAGACACGAGGGUCAGCGAUAUUGACGGCGAGGGCGAAAAAGUUGAGAAAGCAGGGGAAGAAUGCAUACAGUCAGAAGGAGCUUGAGUCCAAGUCGAUUCUUCACGAUAUUUGGACAAGCAUUCAGAGGCCAUUAUACAUGCUCUGCACUGAGUCGGUUGUCUUCAUAUCAACUGUCUGGACGGCAUUUAGUCUGGGGGUGAUUUACGUCUUCACGCAGUCUGUUGAGCAAGUCUUCACUGCUCUUUACGGAUGGAACGCUAUUGAGGCAGGUUAUGUUCAAGCUGCUAUUGUUAUCGGAGAGAUUCUUGGCUUUGGUCUUUGUGUCUUGACGAAUAACUGGUACUAUGCUUCUGCCUCGCGCAACAAGGAAGCUCCCGGUACGCCUAUUCCCGAAGCUCGACUGUACGCCGCCGUUAUCGGAGGAUUCAUCGGCGUCACCGGUGGCAUGUUUGUCUACGCAUGGACAAGCUAUUCCUCAGUCCACUGGAUUGGACCCGCGUUUGGACUUAUGCUCGUUGGCCUUGGCACCGAAGCCGUCGUUGUGAGCAUCGCCAACUAUCUGAUCGACGCGUACAGCAAUUAUGCCGGAAGCGCUAUCGGAGCGACCGUGUUGGGAGAAAACUUGGGGGUUGCUUUUCUGCCACUUGCUUCAAGCAGUAUGUAUACCAACCUGGGCUUUCAUUGGGCCAGUUCGCUGCUGGGUUUCAUCUCGUUGGUCCUGGCGGCUGCGCCAAUUGGUGUCUUUAUCUGGGGAAAGGAGAUCAGGGCUCGAAGUCCAUUCAUGAAGUCGGCUAUGUCGAAGCCAAUGGAGUUUUCAAUGGCGCCUUCAGAGUAGGCGGAUGGUUAGGAAGCAAGCGCGUUGGUAGGAAAAAGUAGACCAAGACUGUGAUAAGCGAUCUGAAUACUUGUAUUUC